AAAAAAAAGAAAAACCGGACAAAUUCGCGAAAGUAGAACUGGGUUCGAGGCUUCAUAUAAAUACAGCCAUAUUCUGCAAAUUACCGGCAGUCAUUGCGCGAAUCUUGUGAUGUAGAGUUCUUCGGUCAACAAGAAGAAGUAUUGAGAAAGCAUUCACUUUGGCCGAGAAUGCCGGUGAAAGUCGAUGUAAUUCCACCGCCGCCUGCUAAUUCGAAGCAGCCGGGUGUUACCAAAUCUUUGCUCUACAACGGUUCGCGCUUUCAAGGAUCACAAAAGUCCAAGGGCAAUAGUUACGACGUUGAAGUUGUUUUACAGCAUGUGGAUGAGGAAAACAGCUACUUAUGUGGUUAUCUUAAAAUAAAAGGUCUUACAGAAGAAUUCCCCACGUUAACGACGUUCUUUGAUGGUGAAAUUAUAUCCAAAAAAUAUCCAUUUUUAACUCGUAAAUGGGAUGCAGAUGAAGAUGUCGAUAAGAAACAUUGGAGUAAAUUUGAAUCUUUCUGUCAAUACGCCAAAACUUUUAACUCUGACACAUUUGAUUACGAGGCAUUAAAAGGAACAGACUUUGUGUUUAUGAGAUGGAAGGAACAUUUUUUAGUUCCUGACCAUACUAUCAAAGACAUUAAUGGAGCUUCAUUCGCAGGCUUUUAUUAUAUUUGCUUCCAAAAGUCUGCUUCAACAAUCGAAGGUUUUUAUUAUCAUCGAAGCUCUGAAUGGUAUCAAUCAUUGAAUUUAAGGCACGUUCCAGAACACAGUAUACAAAUCUAUGAAUUCAGGAGCAUUUAUGAGAUCUGCUUGCUCAAAUAGAUAUGAGAUGAGAGUGUAAUAUUUGAUUUACAUUUGAAUGAAUGACAUCUAAUCUGUAAAAAGAAGCCAAGGAAAGCUAAGAGUAGUACAUAAGAGUACAUUUAAUUUCAGUCAUUCUAAACAUCCAUGUGCAUAUAUAUAUGAUGAUAAAUAUUUGAUUCUAUUCAUAGUUUAUUGGUAUAAAAAUCGGAAAAUACUUGAGCGAAAAAAGGUUGCUUAGAUGAUGAUCUGCAUCAUCGCAAUGUUGAAGAGACAAUGAAAAAAGAUUUCUCUUAUUGUCCAAAUGAAAUAUUAACCGAUGCUAAUAAUGAUGAUCAUUUUUCUUUGUAGUGUUACAUAGAAAGUUAAGCAUUAGCAACCUUUCUUUGUCAGAUAUUUCUCUUUUAUUACAUUUUUGAGAUUACAAAACAUAUAACAAAAUUUCUAAUUACUUGUUACUCUUAAACAAAUGUUUUUAGACAAAACGUAUCUUUAGUAUCUUUAGGCAUUUUCCAAUUAUAAAAACACUAUAUAAUCAUACUUGUUAAAAAUUUACAAUUAUUUUGUCAUCGUCGAUGUAUCAUUAAAUGUGCCUUUUAAUUGGAAAAUGCCUCUUUUAUCUUCUACUCUUCCACUUUUAAAAGUUCUUUUGAAAGAUCAUUUUCCUAUAGAAAAAUUUCCAUUUUAGACACGACCGCGAGAAGUGUGUCUUAUUUAUGGUUGUACUUAGAAGGUGUAUUUUUCAAAAGUAGCAAUAACAACAAAUUCUAUUAUUUAUACGUAAUAUAUGGCAGAAGAUGUUUGUGUUUAAUAACAAAACAAUUAUAUUAGAAAAUCGAUAAGUUGCAAAAAUGCACACAUUCAAACAUUUUCUGUUAUUUUUUUCGAAAUACUUUAUUAUUGUUAUUCUAUUAGUUUUUUUUUCUUAUCUCUUUUAUUUUAUUUUAUUUUAUUUUAUUUUAUUUAAUUUAUAUUAUCUCGUUAAAAACAAAUAUGUCCCCUAAAAUGUUACAUCCACAUCCGUUAUAUUUGGCUUAUAUUUGGUUUUAUAUAUUCUUUAAAUAUUUAUUUGUAUUUAUAUAUAUUUUUUUUUUUU